UCCUUCACCACCCAACAGGCCAUCUUAGUCUCUUGGCUAGAGACCAGCUUCAAGACCCCGCCGGCUCCUCAACCUACAGACCUAGCAAGCUGAACCCUUGCGACCGCUUACCGAAUCCGUUGCUGGUACCUCGGACUUGGAGCUUGGGCUUCUUUGUAUUAUAAUUGGGAACCCCAGGUCGCGAAAUCUUAUACGUGACCGAUUUGACCGCCGCUCACAUUUGCGACCGACAACGUUGCGAUACCGCCUGCCUACCUCUUCGAUAUGGACUCCCACGAAGCGCAGGGCUAUGCGCACGGCGAUGAACACCACAAUCCUCAUGCCUCCGGCUCCCAAUGGCGCCACCAAGAGUCGCGAGCUUUCGCCAAGUACGAGGCCAAGAGAGCCCAGCCCCAGCAACCCUCCCACCAUCACCAUCACCACUCCAUAGCGCGGGAAGCAGACGCACGCGGCAAUGUGAACGACCUGGCCGAUUUCCUCAACAAGUCGCGUAUCUCGCCCGAGGAGGCUGGUACCCGUCCUCCUACCGAUCCAAAGUUCAAGCCCGUUGUGCUGGGCGCUACAGAAGCCAGGGAGGUUCUCAAUGGCGAAAAGAACAUGGCCGACGCAUUGGCUCCGGAGAGCGUUCCAAACGACAAGGAGAUUGCUGUAGGACCUUUGAUCAACUAUCGCCGCAUGGAGGGAAAUCAGUGGGUUGGCAGUGUCCUGGUUGUGACCCGCGGGGGUGGCAGAGAACAGUCCUUUAGGCCGAGCUUGUUCCUGAGAAAGGCUGCCACGGUCGGUAUGAGCAAUGGUCACAAUGGCAAUGGCGCUGCAAAUGGUCACAGCAGUGAACCCAAAGUCAGUGAAAGCCAGGGAAUCUGUCUUUAUUCGGAUUGGCGCAACACUUUCUGGAGGUUCGAUCUGCACCUGGAAAUGGAACCAUAUGAGACCAAGUGGGAGUAUUGGCUGUCGGAUUACCUGGUCUUUGCUAGCAAGACGAAGCCAAAAGUGAAUACCUUCUUCGUGCCCGCCAUCACGGAAUCGAUGAGAAUCAUGUUCCACUCCUGUAACGGGUUCAGCGUCGGCACGGAUGAAGAGGACUGGAGUGGUCCAUGUCUGUGGAACGACGUUAUGAGGCGUCAUCAAGAGGCGCCGUUCCAUGUCAUGAUCGGUGGCGGCGACCAGAUUUAUAACGACGGCAUUCGAGUUUCGGGACCCCUUCGCACAUGGACCAGCAUCAGCAACCCCAAGAAACGGAGACACUUUCCAUUCCCCGAGAGCCUCCGUGCUGAGUGCGACGAUUACUACUUAAACAACUAUAUCCGAUGGUAUGGGACAGAGCCAUUUGCGGCUGCAAACGGCCAGAUUCCUCAGCUAAACAUUUGGGAUGAUCACGAUAUUAUUGAUGGAUUUGGAUCUUAUGUGGACGACUUUAUGAGAUGCGAUGUUUUCCGAGGAAUAGGCGGCAUUGCCCACAAGUACUAUAUGCUUUUCCAGCACCAUCUGCCACCUCCAGCCUCAACAUAUACCUCAGACACCAUGCAGGCUAAGGGCGAAGCGGGUCAGGGAAUCGAUCCCAAUCAGAUGAUUGCGGCUUAUGUACACCCGGCCAUGACAGAAUCCAACUACAUUGUUGGACCAUCUCCAGGUCCAUACGUUUCGGAGCAUUCACACAACAUGUUUACAAAGUUGGGCGCCAGGAUAGCGUUUUUGGGUAUUGACGCGCGAACAGAGCGCACGAGACAUCAAGUCAACUAUCCUGAGACAUAUGAGGCUAUCUUCUCCCGCUUGAGGCAGGAGCUGAGCCAUGCCAUACAAACUGAGAAGCCAUAUAAGCACUUGAUUCUUCUUUUGGGUAUUCCCAUCGCAUAUCCUCGCUUGACAUGGCUUGAGAACAUCUUUGCCAGCCCCUUGAUGGGUCCAGUAAAGCUGUUGAACAGACGCGUGGGCUUUGGUGGCAGCUUCUUCAACUCCUUUGACGGAAGUGUUGAUCUCCUAGACGAUCUCGACGAUCAUUAUACAGCCAGAACCCACAAGCGCGAGCGCAACGGUCUGAUCCUCAAGCUGCAACAGAUCGCCGCCGAGUUCUCGGUGCGCGUUACCAUCCUGGGCGGCGACGUCCACCUGGCAGCGCUAGGAAGGUUCUACUCCAACCCGAAGCUUAACAUCCCGCUAGAAGAAGACUACCGCUACAUCGUCAACGUCGUUUCCUCCGCCAUCGUGAACAAGCCGCCCCCGGCGGCCGUCGCCAACCUGCUGGCACGCCGAAACAGGAUCCACCACCUCGACCACGACACCGACGAGACGCUCCUGAAGAUCUUCGACAAAGAUCCCGGCGACAGCACCAAAACAGCCAAACACAACCAAGUCACCAUGCCCAGCCGCAACUUUGCCGUCAUCACCGAGAACUCGCCCAACAAUGCCCAUCAGCAGCAAAACGGUAACGGCUUCCAUGCUUCCCCUCCCCCGCACUCCACCCCCGGCGGCACCUUCCCCGGCCACAAAGACGGCCGCUACGCGCUCGGCAAAGGCGAAGUCAACGCCGGCACUAAGCACAAGGCCGCCGACCCAACCGAGCACGGCACCGACAGCGACGGUAGUCUGCAUGUGUGCAUCCGCAUCGAGAUCGACCAGCAUAACCCCGAGGGCCGCACCGAGGGUUAUGGAUUGACGAUCCCGACGCUGAGCUACAAGGGCCCGAGACCGCCGACGAUUGCGCCGCCGCCGGGCAGCGCGGGGAGUUAUGGGUCGAGAGGCACGGGUGGUACGGGGGGGUCGGACGUGCCGGAGGUGCCGGAGAUUCCGGCGGGGGUGCGGUGAGAGGGGGGGGUUGAGGCGUGAGGAGAGUGGAUGAAUUGGGGUUUUGCAUUCCUUCAACCUCCUUCCUCCUCGGGAUACCUACCGGCCGGGAAGUAGUGUUUAAUGAUAAUCGGUGGGAUGGAUGGAUGCGUGCGAUCGGUUUCCACUGCUGUCAUCCAUUCAACACGUAGGCUAUCUAUCAGUCAGCGGCUGCGUGCAGCGUUGAAGGGUUGACAGUUGCAACCAAUCGUAUGCACCCUAUCCCCAUUUUCGCAAUCAUUUUCUUCUACGUUUUAAAUACCCAUUUCAGCAUAAUACCUACAAAUGAAUAAACUUGGCUAUCCACGCACAC